AUGGAAUCCUACCUUUCCAAACGGUCAGCGGCUUCGCUCGAGAAGCAAAGUUUGCCAUGGAGAUUUGCACCGUCACAAACGUAUGAUGCCGAAAAGAACCCAGAUGGUUUAAUCUCAUUCGGAACUGCUGAGAAUAAACUCAUUACUAGCAAUGUGGAAAGCUUCGUAAACAGUGCAGUAAAAUUCGAAUCGCAACAAUUCACAUAUGGCUUCAGUCUGGCUGGAGGAUCUCGUUUUCCAACAGCCCUAGCAGUUCAUUUGAACGAAUACCUGCGGCCACACACCCCCAUCAUGGCGGAUCACAUUAAAGUCACAGGUUCUGCGACGCCGAUGCACGAAAUCCUCGCCUGGGGACUAGCUGAUCCCGGAGACGGCAUCAUGACAAGUCGCCCCGUGUACGGACGGUUCGAGCUGGAUUUCGGUAAUAGAGCAGAUGUAAGCGUUGUCUAUGCCGACACGGACGCAGAAAACUGUUUCGACGAAGACGUGGUCGACAAAUUUGAAGCAGCUCUCGUCAAAUCCGAAGCCGCUGGUGUGAAAAUCAGGGCUGUCCUCAUUGUCAAUCCUCACAAUCCUCUGGGCAAAUGCUAUCCCCGAAAUACCCUCAUUGCUCUCAUGAAAUUCUGCCAAUCCCACAGCAUCCAUCUCAUCAGCGACGAAAUUUACGCCUGCUCAACAUUCGACUCGGGCGAACCGUCCGCCACCGAAUUCACUUCGCUCCUCGCAGUUGACCCGGAAGGUCUGAUCGAUACCGAACGUCUCCACGUAACGUACGGCUUCAGCAAGGACUUUGGUUCCGCAGGACUCCGCAUUGGUGCCAUCAUCACGCGUAGCAAAGCCGUGGAAGCAGCUAUUCGAGGUGUCAUCCGCUUCCACAAUCCCGCUGGGCCGAGUCUUGCCAUUGGCGCUGCUAUGCUGGAAGAUAGGAAAUGGUGCCGGGAAUUCGUGGAGCUCAACCGCGUCAAAUUGAAGGAAGCGUACGGCGUUGCUACUUCAGGGCUUAAGGAGAUUGGCGUGGAGUAUUUGUCCGGCAGUAAUGCUGGAUUCUUCUUGUGGAUUGACCUGUCGCCAUAUUUGCCAACAGACCUGGAUGGUGAGCCGGAUGCGGAUUUUGCACUAGCCAAAAAAUUGUUGGAUAAUGGGGUGUUUUUGCAUCCAAGGGAGGAGCAUUCGCUCAAGGCUGGGUGGUUUCGGAUGGUCUACACACAGGAUCCGGAUAUCGUGAGGGAGGGGAUUAAAAGGAUCAAAACUGCCAUUUCAAAGUAA